CUGGCAGGUAUGUAUAAAUUUCAGGUCAGACAAUGUAACUGGUUAGAACUGACAGAUAUCAUUUGAAUUUAAGUCUGUAUGUAUUAUAUUCCAAAGUAUGGCCGUGUAUUCUCUUGCUCAAGUUGCAAAUGCUCGUUGUGAUAAGUGUGGAUCUGUUGACAGCAUUCUUAGUCCCUGUGAAGUAUGCAAGUGUGAACUAUGUUUUGACUGUAAGGAAGAGAAGAAUCAUCAUCACAAUCUACCAGAAGUCGUGUCCAUACCGGAAGAAGUGACGAAUGGUUUAAAAACAAAAACGCUUCCUUGUUCUUUGGAAGGCACUGUGUAUUCCUUAUGCGUUACUCACGCUUCAAAAGAACCUUAUUUAUGGUUAUAUACCUACCAGAAUUUGUGUAAAAUGAAUAUACAGGGACAUAAAAUAAUUACAUUUGAUAUCGAUUGUAGCGAUAUGUCCAAAUAUGCUAGGAGCAUUGAUGCCAUGACCAACGGGAAAGUAUUGCUUUCUUUAAAAGAAAGCAUUUUAUGUGUAAACAAAAAAAAUUCAUUGUCUACUUUUAUUGAUUUUAAAAUACAUAACGCAAAUGUGUAUGGAAUCCACAUAGCAGGUGAUAAUAGUGUGUUGGUGUGUCUUCAAGGUGGAAAGAUUGGUAUUGCAUAUCUAUCUAAAAAAGGGAAAUUCUUGAAGUUUAUAUCCACUGAAGAAGAGGUUCCGUUAAGGAUACAAGAACUUUCAGAUCGUACAUUGUUAAUCCUAUCUAGCAGAUCCCUGAAGUUUUAUUGGCAAACUUCUUUUCGAUUUAGUGAAAAUGUGCUAGAUUGGAAAAGUGGAAGAGGAAUAGAUAUGUGUUUAACCAAACAUGAGAGAAUCUUGAUUGGAAUUGAACAAAGCAAUGAAAUUCUAGUGUUAACACAAAGCGGUAGCAUUGAAAAUGAAGUGAGAUUAGGAGAAACUUCUUUUGAGAGUGAAAUUCAGUGUAUGUACAUUGACGCUGCCGAUAGACUUUGGGCAUAUGUCUGUUCAGGGGAAAUAGUUGUGAUAGAAGAGGUCUCAAAAUUAAUACGAGAACACCCUAGAAUUUUGGAAUCCACCCAGCUUUGAAAAAGUGAAACCCGUAUAAUUUCUUUAGAUUUAUAGCCCCGCUUGAAAGCAGGGGGUAUACAUUGUGACCGGGAUAUCCGUCCGUCUACGUUCAUCUGUCUUUCUGUUACGCUCUGGGGUACCCUUCUCUUAUCCGCAACUUCUCUUAUACUACUAAUUGAAAAUUUAUGAAACUCUCACGGGGUCUUCGUUACAUACAGUGUAUUGUUAUUGUGCACCUUCUAUGUUACUUUUUGAUCGGACACAUAUUUUGGGUUUCCCAUGGCAAAACAUGGACUGUGUCAUUCUUUUUUUUAGUAUUGAAGGGUAUCCACCUCUUAUCCGCAACUCCUCCUACAUCACUGAAUAAAAUUUUAUAGAUUCUUUAUAAUAACAUAAUGCUGUUGUGUACCUCCUAUUUUACUUUCUGAU